AAGGCCUUCUGGCAGCCGACAACCACGUUUCUUCGCGUUGCGGCAAUCGCCGUUAAAACCCAAUCCACCACAUCUCUAACAUGGCGGAAGAUCAGCAGCAGUUUCUGCAUUUAUUAAGCACAUUAUUAAGUACGGACAACACUAUCCGUAGUAAUGCCGAGACUACACUUGAUGGAAUUCCUGUGGAAACCAGAGCAACUUACCUUUUGGCUUCCAUGAGGAACACCACUGUGGGUGAAGAUGUACGUCAAAUGGCAGCUGUUUUGCUGAGAAGAGUUAUCUCUAAUGAAUUUGAAGACUUCUACAACAAGCUUACCCCUGAAAACCAAGUUCAUUUAAAAAAUGAACUAUUGGCAACUAUUCAGACUGAAACUCAAGCUGGAAUGAGAAGGAAAAUUUGUGAAGUUGUUUCAGAACUGGCAAGACAAUUGCUGGAUGAUGAUGGCAACAAUCUUUGGCCAGAGUUUCUCCGCUUUCUUUUUGAGUCUGCCAGUAAUGGCACUCCUGAAAUCAAAGAGAGUGCCUUGCAAAUGUUUGGGUCUGUUCCUGGGAUAUUUGGUAAUCAACAAUCUCAAUACCUUAAUGUCAUCAAGCAAAUGCUGCAGCAAUGUAUGGCUGACUGGUCAAACUAUCCAGUACGCUACCAAGCUGUCAAAUCACUUUCAUCUUUCAUUCUUCUGCAUGAUGAUGAUGUUGCCAUUCAAAAACAUUUUCAGGAUUUAACUGCAGGAAUGAUCCAAAUUGUCGCAGAAAGCAUUCAGAAGCAAGAUGACGAUACAUUACUGAAGUGCGUUGUGGAUUUAGCUGAAAACACGCCUAAAUUUCUUCGACUGCAGACCGAACCCCUGUUGCAAAUGUGUACGCAAGCAGUAGCAAAUGAAGAACUAUUGGAUUCUUGGCGUCAGCUGGCCUUGGAAGUCAUUGUCACAUUAGCGGAGACAGCACCUGCAUCGGUCCGCAAAAAUGGAGCGACGCUGAUCCCAUUAGUGAUAUCAACUGCUCUAAAAAUGAUGACAGAUCUGGACGAUGAUGAAGAAUGGAGCACAAGUGACGACCUCACAGAGGAAGACAACGACAGCAAUUCGGUAGUUGCUGAAGCCGCCCUCGAUCGUCUUGCAUGUGGAAUUGGUGGAAAAUCCGUUUUGCCCCAUAUUAUUCAAAGUUUGCCUACUAUGCUUUCAAAUACCGAUUGGAGGUAUAGGCACGCUGCCCUUAUGGCAGUCUCUGCUGUUGGUGAGGGAUGCCACAAGGAAAUGGAACCACUUCUCACACAGAUCAUGGAUGGGAUUUUAAAUUUUCUCCGAGACCCUCAUCCGCGUGUCCGUUACGCCACGUGCAAUGCAAUUGGCCAAAUGUCGACAGAUUUUGCCACAAUUUUCGAGAAGAAAUUUCACGAUAAAGUUAUUCCUGGACUUUUGAUGGUGAUGGACGACAACGAAAAUCCACGAGUUCAAGCUCAUGCGGGUGCGGCUUUGGUCAACUUCAGUGAAGAUUGCCCUAAGUCGAUUUUGGCUCAAUACUUGGACAGUAUUAUGGCAAAGCUUGAAGCUAUUCUGAGCGCCAAAUUCAAUGAAUUGGUAGAACGAGGUACGAAGUUGGUCCUCGAGCAAGUCGUAACCACGAUUGCUUCCGUUGCCGAUACUUCAGAGGAAAAGUUUUUGGUCUAUUAUGAUCGAUUCAUGCCCUGUCUGAAGUACAUCAUUCAGAAUGCAACAACCUCAGAACUCCGCCUUCUUCGUGGGAAAACCAUUGAGUGCGUUAGCUUGAUAGGCUUAGCUGUGGGUGCCGAAAAAUUCACGCGAGAUGCCAGCGAAGUCAUGGACAUGUUGUUGAAAACGCAAACAGAAGGAGCGGAAAUGGCUGACGACGACCCUCAACUUUCGUACAUGAUAUCAGCUUGGGCUCGCAUUUGUAAAAUCCUCGGAAAGCAAUUCCAGCCUUAUCUGCCGCUUGUCAUGGGUCCAGUUCUGAAAGCGGCUAGUAUGAAACCGGAAGUAGCUUUGUUGGAUGCGGAUGAUCUCAAGUCUGUUGAAGGCGAUGAUGAUUGGCAGUUUGUGUCACUGAACGAUCAACAGAACUUCGGAAUCAAAACCGCUGGUCUGGAAGAAAAGGCCACUGCUUGCCAGAUGCUUGUCUGCUACGCCCGAGAACUGAAGGACGCAUUUUCGGACUACACCGAAGAAGUUGUUAAAUUAAUGGUUCCUCUCCUAAAGUUCUAUUUCCACGAUGGGGUUCGUACGGCAGCCGUUGAAUCUCUUCCGUACUUACUGGAAUGUGCCCGAGUAAAAGGCCCUCAGUAUGUGCAGGAUAUGUGGGUGUUUAUGUGUGGCGAUAUUUUGAAAGCCAUGGAUACGGAGCCUGAAAAAGACGUGCUGGCGGAGCAACUGGCUGCGUUGGCGAAAUGCAUCGAGACUCUUGGGAGUGGUUGCUUGAACGACGAAAUGAUGACUGAAUUAGUUAAAAUCCUCGACCGUUUGAUGAAAGAUCACUUUACACGUUCGACGGAACGACAGGAGAAGAGGAAAGAUGAGGAUUACGACGAAGUGGUCGAGGAUCAACUAGUCGACGAAGAUGAUGAAGAUACAUAUAUCCUUAGUAAAAUCACGGAGGUUAUUCAUGCACUAAUGGCUGCCUAUCGGUCUGCUUUCCUACCUGUCCUUGAUAAUUUGAUCCCCCAUGUGGUCAAACUUCUUGGUCCUGAUCGUCCCUGGCCGGAUCACCAAUGGGGUAUUUGCGUGUUUGACGACGUCAUUGAAUUUGCCGGACCAGAUAGCGUGAAAUAUCAAGAACUGUUUUUGAGACCACUACUAGAAUUUCUUAAAGAUAAAAGCCCAGAGGUAAGGCAGGCUGCAGCAUAUGGUUGGGGUGCUUUAGGUAUGCACGGCACAGCUGUAUUCGCUGCUGCAUGUGCGCAAGCUGUUCCUACGCUGAUUGAAAUGAUCGCUGCCGCUGAUUCUCGAAGUGUUGAGAACAUCAAUCCAACUGAAAAUGCUAUUUCUGCCGUAACGAAAAUAUUAAAAUUCAACAACAGCGCUCUCCACGUUGACGAGAUCCUUUCCCACUGGAUCACGUGGCUUCCCACAUGGGAAGAUGAAGAUGAAGCACCUCAUAUUUACAACUAUUUCUGUGACUUGGUCGAGGCGAAUCAUCCAGUGGUUUUGGGCCCGAAUCAUAGCAAUCUGCCACGUAUAAUUUACAUUAUUGCUGAAGCAUUCAACAAAGAAGUUCUUGAUGUGGAAUCGGAAGUAUUUCGGCGAAUGGUAAACAUUGUUAGGCAAGUUCAAGGUAACCAAAAUGUGUUUGAAGCUUGUUUGAGUCAAAUGAAUGCUGAGCAGCAAGCAGCAUUGCAGGAGGCAUUGACAUGAGUAUAUAACUGUGUGAUCAGUCAUUGAUAAUUAAAUUUUGUUGGCUUAUUCAAUAUCCCAAAACUUUUUUCUUUUGCAUACAAUUGGCUGUUUGUCUUGAAUUAUGCUCAUUUUUAAGCCAAUUUUUCCAUCAUUAAUUUGGCUAUAACAAAUUUGCUAUUUCCAUUUUGAACUAGCCAAGCACAUUUCCCCAACUAUGGGAAUCUGAACUAAAACUUGUUGGAAAAAAUACAUCUGACUAUACAACUAUAAA